CGUAUAGGAACAAUGAUGAUGCUGCAGAGUGAAGUGGCUCUCUUUUAAAACACAACAACACUCAAAAUAUUCAAAAUCAAAAAAAAGAAAAAAAAAGCGUGGGUGUUAUACAAAUCAGUGCAAAAUAAAUUGACGCGUGUCUAAAUUUACAGCUGUUUUCCAAAGUCCCUCCGUCCAGUCCCUACCCUCCAACCAACUAACCGCUUACUUGCUAGAAAGCGGUGAUUAGCCUUCCCCCACUCCCCACUUUCUCUCUCCUCUUUACCGGCUUAACCUGUCACCCUUCCUUCUUCCCCUCUCCUUUCAGUUAACACUAUAAAUCUACUCUCCUUCCCCUCUUCUCUCCGUUCCAUUCUCUCUCCUCUCCUCUUUCUCUCUCCUCCUAACCUUCUCCUGUAUAUAUUUAUAACCUUCUCUCACCUUUUUUUUUAUUACCCCCUCAAAUUAAAUUAUAUCAUCAACAAAAAAGAAAUUCAUUCAAUCAAACAAACAAACAAAAAAGAAAAGUCGAAAAUAAUCAGAGAAGAAGAGAUAGAUGAAUACCUGUAGUAGUAGCGAGAAUAACAAUAAAAUGAACCGGAAAGAAGUGGACCGGAUAAAAGGGCCUUGGAGCCCGGAAGAAGAUGAUGCCUUAACAAGGCUGGUCCAAAAGCACGGCCCAAGGAACUGGACUUUGAUUAGUAAAUCAAUUCCGGGUCGAUCCGGAAAGUCGUGCCGAUUACGGUGGUGUAAUCAGCUGUCUCCGCAAGUGGAGCACCGGGCUUUUACACCGGAGGAAGAUGAUACUAUUAUCCGAGCCCAUGCUAGGUUCGGUAACAAGUGGGCCACCAUUGCUAGGCUUCUCAGUGGUCGAACUGAUAACGCUAUCAAAAACCACUGGAAUUCUACUUUGAAGAGGAAGUGUUCUGCUAUGGUUUCUCCGGCGCCGGAUGAUUUUUCCGGCGAUUUUCCGCCGCCGUUGAAGCGUGCUAUGAGUGAAGGUGCUGAUGUUAUUCUCAGAAACGUUUCUGGUUUAAGCUUGAACAAUAAUAAUAAUAAUCCAGGAAGUCCUGGAUCAUCCGAUGCGAGUGAUUCCGGUUCGCAUGUUUUCCGACCGGUUCCGAUUCCCGGUCCGGUGAACAUUCCGCCACCUCCGGUGAUUUCUCCGGCAACCGAUCUGAGUCUGUCGCUUCCUGGAUCGGAUUCCUGUGAGGUUUCGAACUCAGAUCAUGAACCGAUGAACGGAAGUUCUCCGAUCCAGGUUUUCCCGGCGAGUUCACCGGUGAUGUUUCCGCCGCCACCACCGCCGCCUCCUCCGGCUUUCAGUCAAGAGUUUUUGGCUGUGAUGCAGGAGAUGAUUAAGAAGGAAGUGAGGACAUAUAUGGAAGGUAUAGAGAUGAAUAACAAUGGAAUCAGAAUCGGAGGAUUCAAUCAUGGCGGAUUUUGUUCGCAAGCGGCUGAUGGAGUGAUGAGAGCUGCGAUGAGUAGAAUUGGAAUCGGAAAAAUUGAGUAGGCGAUAAAUUCAAUUCGUUGAUGAAGAAUUUGAAGAAGAUGAAGAGUUUUAGAGAGAGAAAACAACUGCUGAUGAAUUCUCUCGGUUUCUCUCUCCUCCGAAAAAAAAUGUUGUAGAGAAAUAAUUUUGAGAUUAGUGUACAGAAGAAUGUGGUUGAAGAUUAGCGAAGAGGAGAUGAAGAAGAUGAAGAUGAUGAUAAAGUUUUGGUUCAAAGUUUGAAACCAAAGCAGACCAAAAAAAAAAAAAAAAGAAAAUGAAAAAAAGAGUUUUGCAUUUUCUUGUUGAUUUGUUCUAAAUUUCAUUGUCUAGGUUUAAUUUAAUUAAAUUAUUAAAAAUAAUUAAAUGUGAAAAAAUGGAUCGAUAAAAUGUGUUUUACGUAGAAGUUUAGUAGAGGUAAUCAGAAAGAGAUUAGAAACAAAUUACAAACGGUAAUCAAUGAGUUGGAUUAAUUUUUUUUUUUUUUUUUUACAACAAUAUGAGUUGUAAACGACUAAACGUACUUUGUUUAUAAAGUUCGGUUCAACAA